AUGAUUCUGUGUGGCACCUGUGACAUGCAUGCCAUAGUGCUCUCUCCCACCUUAGCUAUCAAAGUUUACACAGCGAAUGAGAUCCACGGCACGGUGGGAUCUAAAAUUAAGCUCUCUUGCACCUUCUGGUCCAACGAGUGGAUCUCUGAUGACAUUUCCAUCACGUGGCACUUUCAACCUGAACGUGGAAAGGACAGCAUUUCGAUAUUUCACUAUGCCAAAGGCCAGCACUACAUCGACAAUGUCGGGUCCUUCAAGGAGCGGAUCGAAUGGAUCGGGGAUCCUCGCUGGAAAGACGGCUCCAUUAUCAUCCAUGACCUGGAAUACACCGACAACGGGACCUACACUUGUGACGUUAAAAACCCACCGGACAUUGUGGGAAGGACAUCACAAGUCACCCUCUAUGUCUUUGAGAAUGUUCCUACCAGAUACGGCCAAGUCCUUGGUGGCAUCAUCGGAGGUGUGUUGGCUGUGGUCUUAGUAGUCCUGCUCAUAGCUUACCUCAUCAGGUACUGCUGGCUGAGGAGACAAGCCACCCUACAAAGGCGGCUCAGCCUGAUGGAGAAAGGGAAACUGAGGCUGGGGAAGGAUUCUUCCAAACGACGCCAUCAGACCCCCGUCCUGUACGCCAUGCUGGACCACAGCCGCCUCACCAAAUCGAGCGACAAGAAAUCCCGAGGAUGUUUGGGAGACUCGCGCAAGGAUAAGAAAUAGCGGUUAGCCAGCAGAGAAGGUAUCGAGAAGAAGGCGGCCAAGAAACAGGUGGUCCUGACCAUCGAGAUGGAAAAAAAGAAGGACCACCAUGAGGCCGAAGGCCUCAAGCCCGCCGUCAAAUCCCCCAGCAAGAACAGCCUCAAAAAUGCACUCAUGAAUAUCCUUAAAAGCGAUUCGGCCGUGUAAUUCGAACGCGGGGGGCCUUUCCUGGCCCUCCUCUUCCCCGCCGGGAGGUCCCUUUCCCCUCCACCCAGUCCUCUUGGCUUGACUAAGACCAUCAGAUUGAGGGUGCAGUACCUCUGACCGCCAGCUGGCGGCGGCAUGGAGUUGGUUUGAAGUCCUCUGCUGCCACCUGCUGGCCGUUGGGAAGACCACAGCCCAGCCAUGAUGUUUUAAUACACGUUUCUCAACUUCAUGAAAUUUGAAAUGUGUGGACUUCAACUGCCAGAUUUUGGGCUGGCAAAUUCUGGGUCCAUUGUAGUCCAUCCAUCUUAAAGCUGCUGAAGCUGAGGAACAAAAGCAUUUACUAGUUAUGUGGUCAUCUGUAAUGCUACAAUAAUCAAUCUAACCAGGGGCUGAUAGCAUUUGGUAUCAACAAUUCCUUUCCCCCCGUCACACUGUAAUUUUAAGGGGAGGAAUCUUGGUUUGCGAGCCACAAUCAGGCUUAGGAAGAACUCCUACGCUCAGAACACAAAGUUUAAACCAGAAAAAAAAAAUCCAAGAUUUCGUCCUCCAUACAAGGUAGUCCUCAAUUUACAACCUCAAGAAAGGCUGGAAAAUUUGUGUGGUCAUUAAGUGAGACAUCACAUGACAGUGACUUGCAACCUCCCUUUGCUGGCUUUCCCCUAUUGGGAAGAUCACAUAUGCUGGUUUGGGGAUGCGGUUGACCUCAACAUCUGGCCAAAUGCUCAAACCAUGAUUGUACUGUGAUGGUCGUUAAGUGUGAGGACCCACCAUAAGGUACUUUUUCCAGCACUGUUAUAACUUUGAAUGGGUCGCUAAACAAGGAUGGCAAGUUGAAGACUACCUGUGUUUCAGUUUCUUCUGCUAAGGAAGACCGGACAAGCCUUGAUCUGCUACGAUCCGACAUUUUGUGUUAGCUCGUUGUACCCUUCUGAUGUGUCCCAAACUCAGCAACUCGGGCAACACGCACAAGUGUAAAUUAAUCACAAAAUAUGCAGGAGGUUGGCUUAUCAUUUUCACUAAAGGUGAAACCCUGGAACCCUGUUCAUCGCCAAGAGGAAGAAAACAAUUGGGUGUCCCGUCUUUUUAACCCUCCCGAUCCUUAUAAAUUGGCCCAAAAAAUGCAAAAUUCUCCCUAAAACGGUGCCUUUUCUGCUCUAACCACUGUGACACUCUACCGCUCCGUGAUUCGAGCGCAGAUGUAAUUUUUUUUUCCUCAUUUUUGUUUUCCUUUUAUUUAAUCCAAAGACCAGAUUCUAGUCGGUGUGCCUCACAUACUCACAAAGAUGGUUUAAUUUCCCUCAGGCAGAGAUUCCAUCCAGGAGGGACAACAAAAUUCCACCAUCACCAUCCUCCUGAGCGAAAAUUCCCCACAAAACUAAAGAAAACAAUUUUCCUAAAGCAAAGUGCCUCAAAUUCUUCUGUCGCUCUCUCUCUCUCUCUCCCUAAUCCCUAAUCCUAAGAGUAGUGAUCCUAAAGAGAGAUUUCGUUUUAGGCCAAAUUCGGAGCCUCUCGCUUGAGCAAAGCAUCUGAGAGGUUUCAGGGCAAGUGAAAAAUUAAUCGUCGUUUUUAAAAAAAAUAACCCAUUAAGACAAUCCCUAAAAUUUCUCAGGGAGGGGGUUUUGCUCAAUUUUAAAGAGGCUGCCCAAUUUUGCCUGCUGGGAAAUA